AUGAGUGUCGUUGGUAUUGAUCUCGGUGCGCAGAGCACCAAGAUUGGUGUUGCCCGGAACAAGGGCAUUGAUAUCAUCACAAACGAGACCUCAAAUCGCCAGACUCCAUCCCUUGUUGGCUUUGGCCCCAAGAGCCGAUACCUGGGUGAAGCUGCCAAAACUCAGGAAAUUUCAAACCUCAAGAACACCGUUUCAUCCCUAAAACGCCUCAUUGGCCGCACUAUCAACGACCCGGAAGUCGCAAUCGAGCAAGAAUUCAUUACCGCCCCACUCGUCGAUAUCAAUGGCACUGUCGGCGCAGAAGUCACCUAUCGCGGUGAGAAACAGAAGUUCACUGCCACUCAGCUUCUGGCCAUGUAUUUGGGCAAGAUCCGGGAUACCGCCGCCAAAGAGACGAGACUUGCCGUGUCAGAUGUAGUCAUCAGCUGUCCCGCCUGGUUCGCGGACUCGCAGCGGAGAGCCGCUCUUGACGCUGCCGAGAUCGCUGGCCUCAAGACUCUGAGGCUGAUCAACGAUAAUACUGCCAUUGCUCUAGGCUACGGUAUUACCAAGACCGACUUGCCGGAAGCUGACCAGAAACCCCGCCGCAUCGUCUUUGUCGAUAUCGGCUACAGCGAUUACACUGCGUCUGUCGUGGAGUUCAAGAAGGGCGAGCUCGCCGUAAAGGGCACUGCUUUCGAUCGGCACUUCGGUGGACGUGACUUCGACAAGGCGCUGGUCGAUCACUUUGCUGCGGAGUUCAAGGAGAAGUUCAAGGUUGACAUCAACACCAAUCUCAAGGCCAAGACCAGAGUUGCUGCUGCGGUUGAGAAGCUCAAAAAGAUCUUGUCUGCGAACGCGCAGGCUCCCAUCAGCAUUGAGUCUUUGAUGGACGACAAAGACGUGCGUGGCGUUAUGAAGCGCGAAGAGCUCGAGACCCUGAUCGAGCCUCUUCUUCAACGCGUCACUCUUCCUCUGGAGCAGGCUCUCAAAGACGCUAAGCUCAAGCCAGAAGACAUCGAUUCCAUUGAGAUGGUCGGCGGCUGUACUCGUGUGCCUUCUAUCAAGGAUCGUAUCAGCAAGUUUUUCGGCAAGCCCUUGUCCUAUACCCUAAACCAGGAUGAGGCUAUCGCUCGCGGUUGUGCCUUCGCCUGCGCCAUCCUCUCGCCAGUCUUCCGCGUUCGGGACUUCUCAAUCCACGAUAUCGUCUCAUAUCCUAUUGAGUUCACCUGGGAGCAAUCACCAGACAUCCCCGAUGAAGACACCAACCUCGAGGUGUUCAAGACUGGCAACGUUAUGCCCUCUACCAAGAUUCUUACCUUCUACCGUAAAGAGCCUUUUGACCUGGAAGCCAAGUACUCGAAGCCCGAAAUGCUACCAGGCAAGAUGAAUCCUUGGAUUGGCCGCUUCUCUGUCAAGGGUGUGAAGGCCAACCCCAACGAUAAGGAGCACUUCAUGAUCUGCAAGCUGAAGGCGCGCCUGAAUUUGCAUGGUGUGCUCAAUGUCGAGUCCGGCUACUAUGUUGAAGAUGUCGAGAUCGAAGAACCGAUUCCUGAUGAGAAGAAAGAGGGCGAAGCCAAGAAGGAUCCAGACGCUAUGGAGACCGAUCAGGCCAACGGUAGCGCCGAUGGCAAGACCCCGACUCGCAAGGUCAAGAAACAGGUUCGCAAGGGUGACCUGCCGUUGUCCUCGGGCACUGCUUCACUAGAUGAGGCUGCCAAGGCUGCCGCCGCCGAGGCCGAGAAUGCCAUGUUCAUGGAAGACAAACUUGUCACCGACACCGAAGACAAAAAGAACGAGCUAGAGGCCUAUAUCUACGAGCUUCGCGCUCAGGUUGAUGAUCUCUAUGCCGACUUUUCCAGCGACGAAGAGAAGGCUAAGAUCAAGGAUAAGCUCGAGAAGACCGAGGACUGGCUAUACGAGGAUGGUGAAGACGCUUCUAAGGCUCAAUACAUUGCCAAGAUGGACGAGAUUAGAUUCGUUGCUGGUCCCGUGAUUGGGCGCUACAACGAAAAGCUCGAAGAGGAGCGCCAGGCCCGUCUCAAGAUCGAGGAAGAGGCAGCCGCUAAGCGACGUGCUGAGCUUGAGGCCAGAAAGAAGGAAGAGGAGGCGAAGAAGGCGGCGGAGAAACCGGCCGAGCCUCAAGAUACGGAGAUGAGUGAGGCUAAUGGCGAGACUGUCAAACGGGAGGGCGUCGAGGAAGCCAAGUGA